UUUGAAGAAAUAACAGUUCCUUAAUUACUUAUUUUCUCUUUCUCUUUCUCUCUCUCUCUCUUCAAAUUUGUUUAGUUUUGACAUGAGAUCAGAUAACCAAAACUCCAAAAGUGCCACUUUGUAUAACUGUAGAUAAAGUUUCCAAAGAAACAAAACCAAUGGAGGAUAGCAGUUUUGGACCAACAAGAAACAAGAGCCAAAGAAGAAACUACCGUUGGUUGCUAUUGUCCUUAUAUGCCAUGCUAGUGAUAUCAUGCCAAACAAUUGCAACAAUCUUAGGAAGGUUGUACUAUGAGAAACAUGGAAAAAGCAAAUGGAUUGGAACACUUGUACAAGUUGGGGGUUUCCCUAUUCUACUACCUUAUUAUUGCAUCUCAUCAUCAACACCAAAAGACAAUCACAAUAUCAAUGUUCUUCAUUCAGAGCCAUCUACACUAAUGCUAGCAAUUAUCUAUGUCACACUUGGUAUAGUUGAGUCAUUAGCUUGUUAUUUUGAUUCAAUGGGGUUAGCUUAUCUUCCUCUCUCUACUUUUGCACUAGUUACCUCAUCUAGGUUAGUUUUCAAUGCUUUCUUCUCCUUCUUCCUUAAUUCAAUGAAAUUCACUCCCUACAUACUAAACUCUCUAGUCCUUCUAACUAUCUCUACCACCCUCACCGCCUUUCAACCCGAAAGCGCACUUUUUUCUACCGGAAACCCUAGGAGACAUUAUGUGGUGGGAGUAAUAGCGACGAUAGCAGGGUCCGUGGCGUAUGGAUUCUACCUUUCCCUUAUACAACUUGCUUUUGUGAAGGUUUUGAAAAGGAACACUAUGAGAGUGCUUAUAGAUGUGACAAUUUAUGGAUCCUUCAUAUCUACUUGUAUUACUCUAGUGGGACUAUUUGGGAGUGGAGAAUGGAGUAAGUUGCAUGAAGAUAUGGAGGAGUAUGAAAUGGGGAAGGCAUCCUAUUUGCUAACAUUGGCAUUCACAGCAAUAAAUUGGCAACUCUUUCAUGUUGGUUGUUUAGGGUUGAUUUUUGAGGUGUCUUCCCUUUUUUCCAAUGCCAUAUCCGUUUUGAAUGUGCCUUUGGUUCCAAUUUUGGCAGUGCUCAUUUUUCAUGACAAAAUGCAUGGGAUAAAGGCUGUCACUUUGGCUCUAGCUAUAUGGGGAAUUGUAUCAUACUUUUACCAUACCUUUGUAUAUCAUCAUGAUAGGAACUCCAAUACUAUCAGCAGAAAUAGUGCUGAUCACCUUCUCAAAUCUUCACCAUUAGAAGAAAAUAAUGCUUAAAUUGGGAUAUGGGAAGCUUGCUUCAGUGGGAACCUGCGUUAUCAUAUAUGUAAAAAUAAUUAUACCAACAAUAGAUUUAGUCCUUUAAUUUCUUUA